AUGGCUGAUCAAUCCCCAGAUCAAUAACAACAGCAAUAAGAGUUCCAGUAAAUGCUUGAAUUUGGAAAGGUGCCCUUUUAUCUAGAAUACGCAAGUGAAUAUCACUCAAGAAUAGUUGAGUAGUUCAACUAUCUGAAUAAAAACUGCUUUUUGAUAUCUGAACACCUGAGAAAUUUACUAAGUUCAGACCAAUAUCAAGUUGAUGGUUCAAAAGAAACCAUAACGUUUGCAACUAUGCAGAAUGCUGUGAUAAGUGUGUCAUUGGAAAAAGUGGAAUUAAAUGACUAAGAUAAGGAACAAAAUCUGCUUGCUGCCAUUGUCAGUGAUUUAUCACGUAGAUUUAGUGGAAGACCUGCCUUACCCUACAAUAUUGAGAGAUUUUAAGAGUUCUCUAGUGCCUCAAAUACAAUCAAUGUUGAGCUGACUAACUUAGGUUACACCGGAUUAGAUACUUUCGCUUACAUUUUGAUUCUUGAAAGGCUUUUUUAACUAAGACCAGCUUAUGCAGACGAAUAUCAAAACUAUUUUAAGAUAUAAAAAUCAGAUAGCAUUCUAUAUAAGUAUAUUUGCGAAGAAGAUGUGUGGUAUUCUUAUGCAACUCUUAAUAACGAGUAAACUAUCACACUAUCAUUCAUAGUUCUGACAUUUGAAGUCAGAGAUCAAUUAAAGCCAUAUCUCGAGUUUCAGGAGGAUAACCCUUUAAAUGAUAAUCAUUAAAAUUAGUCAUAAGAAGAAUAAAUGCCUUGGUAUGGUACCAGACGUUAUGACAUAGUCGACCAUGUGCUUUCAUAAUAAGCAGAGAGAGAUAGACUGGCCCAGAGAUCAGCUGUUUAAGAGGCAGCAUUGAAAGCAUAGCAGCCAUUCCUAGGAACAAGCAUGAAAGAUCUAGGUUAAACUUAUAGUGGACCCCCUAAGUACCUGAAUCAAAGAGACGCCCCUCUUGAAAUUCCAAUAGAAGUGGUUAAGACAUUUUUCAUGGCAGUUGACUAGGAUAUGGAUGAGCGAGUUUCAAUAGAAGAACUCCAGAAUUACGCUAAGAAGAGAUAUUUGCCUUUUGAAGAUAACACUAUAGUUGAAAUGUUUAGAGAAGCUUCUCAAGGUAGAGGUAUCAUUCAUGAGCACUAGAGAUAUGCUCCACUUACUCUUGAUGAAAUAGCUGCAGCUGUGAGAGGCAGACAUAGAUGGAAUCCAAGAGACAAAGUAUGGGAAGUGAACUACAGACCAUGCAGAGACUAUUGGAUCAUCUUGCUCUAGACUGUAAAUGAAAGACUCUUUGCUAUUCCCAUGCCUAAAGUAGUUCCAACAAAGAUACUAGCUUAGUUUGAGGAAGAAGAUCUUAAGAAAACUAUGACAAUGACAAGAAAAGAAGGAGUUGACAAAAAAUACUUGUCAAUCAAAGAAUAAAAACAGCCUAUUUUCUAGAAGGAUUCACAAAAGACUGAAGCUGGUAUUACCCCUGAGUUAUUGAAUGGCACAAUUAAGUUUAAUGAUAAAAAACAGAAGAAAAAGGACCAAAAUCCUUAUGAGCAGUAGAUCAAUGCAAGACUGUAAAAGUAAGACAGUGCUCCAAAUAACUAUCCUAAAAUAUCCUUUGAAUCAAAAGAAUUCUUCAAUCAAGCUAAGCUGCUCUCAUCAGUUAUUCCACACUGGAAUAACGAUAAAGAAAAUCCUAUAUAUCAGUAUGUGCCAACCACUGAGAGACCUUUCACUAACGAUUCAGAUACUCUAUUCAAUACUUAGCUGCAAUAAAAAUUAAUGUACCAGUCAAUGAGAGAGUAAAAACUUCAUGAACUAUAAACUAAAGAAAGGACUCUAUAACUGGCAGGGACUAUGGCUUUAAAUACUCGAAAAACAUCUCCCUGGAAAGUGAUGAAAGAGAGGUAAGGAUUUGUUACAAAGUUCAAAGUACCCACAAUACUGGAUUAGAAAACAGAUGCAGCCUUCGUCGGCAAAAAUACAUUUGAUGAAAGAGGCAAAUUAGUAGGACCUACUUAGGAUCCAUAUAAUCCACCAAGCGAUCAUAAAUUCAGAGAUCUCGAAAUAAACAGAGGGCAAAAGGAUUUCACCCUCAGAUACAAAUGUCCUGAUGCUUAUAACAAGUAUGGCAUGAGUGAACAUGAUACAAGGCCUAAAGAAGUAAUUGAAAGAUAAAGAAGAGCUGAAGAAACAGAGAAGCAUAGAAGAAAGCUUGAGUACGAGUCAAUAUUAAAGGGCAGACCACUUGAAAAGAAGAAGCCUUGGCUCUUAUAUCAUAAAUUGCCAGACAAGUUAACUCCUGUAUCUCAUCAAUUCAAAGAUCCUCAUUCUGACUUUGAUAAGGAAAAGAACCCCUUCUUGGAUAAAGAGGAGUUCACUCCAGCCUAUCUAUAGCUUGCCAGAUAAAUGAAGGAUGAUGUGGUCUUUGGAAAGCCUAACUUCAACCUUUACUUCAAAGCAAUGCAUCCAUCAGAUUUGAAUGAAGAGUUUGGUGGAACCAAAACUAAACCAUUCAAGUGCAUUUACUGA